AUGGGAAGUCCAUCAAGAUACUUCGACAUCUUUGGACUCAAGCCUUCGUUCGCCAUCGACCAGAAUGUCUUGAAGGAGAGAUACUACAAGAUGAGUCGAAAAUUCCAUCCAGACAAAGCAAGUCCUUCAGGAGAAGACAUAUCAAUGGAGGAAAUAAACAAAGCUUACGACACAUUAAAAAACGAUCUCUCCAGGGCAAGAUACUUGAACAAUCCAGGAAAUAUCGAUGUCGGGAAGGAGUUUUUGAUCGACGUGCUGGACUACGAGCAAGCGAUUUCGAAUGCCAAGAACAAUGAAGAUAGAAACAGAAUCAAAGAGGACUUGGAGAAAAAGAUUGAUCAGUGCAAGCGCAAUCCAAGUGGGGAAUAUCUAGCAAGAUGGGGAUAUUAUGCAAGACUAAUGAAAAUGUUGAACAAAAGGUAG